AUGGGAACUCCAAAUGAGACAACGGUGACAGAAUUCAUCUUGAUUGGGUUAUCCGGGCACCCCCAAGCACAGGCUGUGUUCUUUUCAUUCUUCUUGAUGGCCUAUCUCAUCAGCACUCUUGGGAAUGGCCUCAUCAUCAUCUUGAUCAUUGCAGACCCCCAUCUCCAUUCUCCCAUGUAUUUCUUUCUCUGCAUCCUCUCCUCGGUAGAUCUCAUCAUCUCCAGCAAUGUACUUCCCGAGAUCCUGGUCAACUGCUUCUUUUAUAGGCCCACCAUCUCCUUCUACAGAUGCGUGGUUCAGAUGUAUGUUGGCCUAUCACUCGUUGUGACAGAGUGUAUCCUUCUGGCUGUUAUGGCCUAUGACCGCUUUGCAGCGAUAUGCCAGCCGCUUCACUAUAUGCAGAUCAUGAGCUGGAGAUUUUGUACCAGUUUAGUGUCUGUAUGUAUGGUCCUCGCCUUACUGAAUACCUUGAUCAACAUAUUGUUGCAGCCAACUGACUUCUGUGGGCAAAAUAUCAUUAACCAUUUUGGAUGUGAGCUACAAUCUCUACUCAGACUGGCCUGCUCCGGCACACACACUCCCGAGCUCUACAUUCACGUUAGCGGCUUCUUUGUCCUGAUACCCCCCUUUGGCUUCAUCGUUGUGACAUAUGGGCGCAUAGGCUUAGCUGUCCUGCGCAUUCGCUCAACACAGGGUCGCAAGAAAGCCUUCUCCACCUGUAGUUCUCACCUCAUGGUGGUCAGUGUCUUUUAUGGUACAAUCAUGAUCACGUACUUGAAACCUCAAGCAAAAUCCACUUCAGAUCAAGAUAAAGUCAUUGCUUUACUUUACGGGGUCUUAACUCCCAUGCUCAACCCCCUGAUCUACAGCUUGAGAAACAGGGAUGUGAAGGGCGCCUUCUGGGGAGUGUUUGGCAGGAAACGUCAAAAAUAA